AUGGGGGCAGUGGAGCACCCCGAGAUGGCUGGCGGUUUUGCCGACUUCGAUGCUGGCCACCGGGAUCUGGUAUCGGUUACCAAGUUCAACUUUUACGGAAACCGCAUUGUCACGGCCUCGUCCGAUCAUCGCAUGAAAGUUUGGGACUUGAAAGAUAAUCAAUGGCAGCUGACGGACACCUGGCGAGCCCACGACGCGGAGAUUCGCGAUGCAACAUGGAAUGGUCCCUUCUCUGGUCAGCAUAUCGGCAGCGUGGGAGAAGACAUGAAGUUCAAAAUCUGGCAGGAAGAUGUAACCCAGCCGCCUAACUCGGGCCGUCGGUUCAGGUCCAUCUUUCGCAUGACGGCUCCUCAAAGACACCCAUUUGUGUCGUUGGACUUCCGCAAUAUUGAUCUGGAAUCAUGGCUCGCCUUGAUCACAAGAGAUGGCUACUUGAUGAUUAUGGAGCCGGUCAGUCCAGAUAGUCUGGCGGACUGGCAAACCAUUGACCAAUUUCGCGUAUGUCCCGCGCCUGAACGCGGCGAGGAGACAAGCUUCAGGGUCCAAUUUCACCAUGACCCCACAGACAUUACACACACCCUUCUGCCGGACUCAGAUCCGAAGAGCCUCUCGCUGGUUGUGGCAGCCAUGGACACAGUCAAGAUAUAUCGCACCGAUGCGAAUCGGCGCUUUUAUCAUGCCAUUGAAUUGAAUGGGCAUGGCGGUCUCGUACGGGACAUCUCCUGGGCCAAUGGCUCUGUCCGAGGCUAUGAUCUCAUCGCAAGUGGAGGCAAAGAUGGCUUGGUCCGUAUCUUCGAGGUCCACACCAUUCCCAUCAACCAGGGAUCCCAAAAUUCCAACUCCCGAAAGGACGAUCGUCGUCAACAGCAAUCAUCACUGCGAGGAAUGUCGCAGUCAGGCAUUGGGUCUGCUCUCGCAACCCGUGCGCCUUCUUCGCCUUCCAACCGGCCAGCGACUGGAGACUCUCAAUUUCGACACUCCUUCAAGCAGGUGGCUUGUAUUGACAGCAAGCAUAUUGAUGUGUGGCAAGUUGAAUUUUCUUUCGCGGGUGAUUCUCUUAUCUCCUCUGGCGAUGAUGGCGUAGUCCGGUUCUGGAAGAAAUCGUUGACCGGAGAGUGGCUGGAGUUUGCGGAGACGGACAUGGCCUCGCAAUGA